GUCUUUCCGCUUCCCUUCUUGACAGAGGCGGAAGUGACGCACGGUGCUGCCUAGUGUUCGCAGUCGACGCAAGAACGCGAGACGGACAACAUCAUCAGAUACGAGCGAAAUAUUGGAUUAUUCGCCCACUACAAAAACUCUAGCGACCGUGUAGUAGAGGGUGACUCAAGUUCAUAAAGGGACUCAUUACGAAGUGCUGAAAGAUAAACAUCAUGAAUCCUGUUUAUAACCCUGCAUCAUCAGGGGUUCCUUAUGCCAACCCUAAAGGAAUAGGAUACCCAGCGGGAUUUCCUGUGGGUUAUGCAGCGGCAGCUCCAGCAUACUCCCCUGGCAUGUACCCUGGCGCUAAUCCAGUCUUUCCCUCAGGUUAUGCUCCCGGGACCCCUUUCAAAAUGUCCUGCUCCCCAACAACAGGUGCUGUACCCCCCUAUUCCUCAUCACCCAACCCCUACCCUGCUGCAGUCUACCCCAUGAGAAGUCCCUACGCCCAACAGAACCCCUACGCACAGCAGCAAGGCACUUAUUACACACAGCCCCUUUACGCAGCACCGCCCCAUGUCAUUCAUCAUACAACUGUGGUCCAGCCAAAUGGCAUGCCAGCGGCCAUGUAUGCCCCUCCCAUUCCCCCACCCCGCCCUAACGGAGUUACCAUGGGAAUGGUAGGAGGCACCACCAUGGCGAUGUCUGCUGGGACAUUAUUAACAACUCACUCUCCGACCCCAGUCGCACCUCACCCCUCAAUGCCCACGUACCGCCCGCCUACCACUCCCACCUACAGUUACGUGCCCCCGCAGUGGUGAACACCACACUGUGAGUGUAAAGCCCACAUUUGCCAGCUCUUAAGGUCGAAAGAUGGUAGAUAUGCAUUCUCACUGUCCAGUAUUUUCACAGUUGGAGCUGACACUACAAGUGUUAUCAGCCAGUUGCUCUUCCUUCCAAACAUAAUGUGAAUCCGACUCCACUUGACAGAAGAAAGGAAAGAGUAUUUUCCCAUCCUUCACUCAUUCUACAACAUAUCUCACGGCCGAAGACCAGAGAAGCUCUUCAUGCUGAAUUGUGUUGUGUGGACUGUCUUGCAGUUUUUAGCUAACUCUUUAAUUGGUGAAACCGGAAGGGAGUUGGAAUUAGUUUUAUUGGAAUACCUAUUGAAUGCAUGUAUAUAUUUAACAGAGGACAAAAAAAAAAAAGCAGCGCUAGCUCAUUCUACCAGCUAUUACAGAUGCAAAACUAUCAGCAGUUAUCUCAAGCAAAAAUCCAAAGGGAUGGGGGAACAACAACUGUAUAUUAAAUGCAAUGUCUUAAUUGUUAUUUCAUACAAAAUAUUAAUAACUUGAGCAUUUAAUAUUUUUCUUUUAUUUUCCUGGUUUUAAUUUGGGUAAUUGUAGCUCCAGGCAUGGUUUGUUUUCUCUGGGUGACGGUAUGCUUGUUGCUUCGGUGCCCUAUUGGGAAAACGGGCCUUUAGGGUUUGUGCCUCUGCUUCAUAUGCCUGUUUUCAUUUGAUUAGUUUUAUCACUCGACAUGCUCUCACUGCAGUUAAUUGUUGCACUAAUUGCCUGUGUGUGUACAUAAAUUGGUUGAUUGAGCUGUAUUAGUGCUGAGAGCAUAUAAACUCAUUUGUGUACCUCUGGUUUGGUUUUCUUAGAUUUUAAAAGUCUGACCGAAAGAUUAACAUUGGAAUCGCAGUGAUAUUCGGCAUUUUAAAUGGUCAAUUGUUUAUGUGGUUAAUAAAAAGAAAUGUAAUUAAGUUUGAUUUGAUUACACUACUGGUUACAUUUGAGGAGGUGAAUUUGAGUUGUUUAGUUAUUCUUGACCCAAACAUCGCUUGUUACCUCAGUAGUACACCGUAACUGACUGAAUUUUAUAGUCUUUUUACUUUAUACAUUGCCUAUGUCACUUCAGUUAAAGAAUAUUUUGUAAUGUUUAAUGUGUUUUUGUUUUGUAUUUUCAAGAAAGACCAAAAAAUAAAUACAGUAAUAAAAUA